AUGGCCGGUGGCAUCACGCCGGCAAAGGAUGUGGCUGAGGUCAUCUCCACUUUACUGUCCCUGGUGGAGGAGGAGGCGGCGGCGGGCAACCCGAAUGGCCUUUUCUAUGCGCUGUACACCCAGGUUGCGGAUCUUCUGUUCACGCUCGUGAACGAUUGGCAAGGCGAUGCUUACGCCGUAAUCAUCGCCUUGCCAAUCUUUCACGAGCGUGAACAGAAGAGCUACUCUCACGGAACUGCUGCUCGUUUGCUGCAGUUUUCUGUGCAACAUCGGGUGUCGAUCCUUGGAAGAGCAUGUGCUCUCGUGGAAAGGGACAAGACAUUGGAGAAUUUCCUGCUCCGGGAGGGUGGGGGUCUAGGGAAUUUGGCUUUAUGGGUCACCUGGGUGACCUUGGGGUACUGGCGGCCGAUCCCAUACACCACAAUCGAACAUGGGACCACCUUCCACUCCAACUACACACCAUUCACAAUACACAGCACCAUAAUGGACACCUACCAACCACCCAACGACCCCUACCUGCACCUGUCAACAGCAGGCCAGCAGACAAGUCGCUUCCACAGGCAGCUGUGGAUUACAAGUUAUGGGGAUGUCGACGAUUAG